AUGUUCUAUUCUGGGAUCCUGACCGACAGCGGCGGAGGCAGGAAGGAGGCUGACCUCAGGGAGGCUGCGUCGCUACGGCAACAGAGGAGGAUGAAACAGUCGGUCCAGUUCAUCCACAAGGACUCCGCCGACCUUCUGCCCCUCGAUGGACUCAAGAAGCUCGGCACAUCCAAGGACACGCAACCUCAUAACAUCCUCCAACGACGUCUGCUGGAGAGCAACUUAUCAAAGCUGAGGAACAACCGAACGACAUGGACACCAAAAAGUGACCACUCAGCUCAGAGCAACAAACAGAGCCAUGGGAAGGGAGCCACACCCCGGAGGAGCGAGGAGGAUGACGCCCUCUAUGUCUUGGGUCAGUGCGAAGGGAAGGAGAUGAAAGUCAAGAUUGACACCUUGAGUCAGCACAGCGUCAUAUCCUCAGCCUGCCUGGACAGAUUGGGACUGAAGGAACAUUUCAGGUUCUUCAAGAAUGAGGAGGACAGCAUCAACCUGCCGUAUAACAUGAAAAUCCUCGGACAGAUAGACCGCAUGCCGGUCACACUGGGCAGCAUUGCUGUGGAGUGCAGCGCGGUCGUCAUAGGUUAG